AACGGGAUCAAAUUGGGUCCGAGAUGUCGUUUGUUUUGUCCGCCCUCAGCAGGCGUGUCCCAUUUCGGCGUCUGUAAUCAUAUCUACUCUCUCAUUUCAGCUCUGCCUGAUAUCGCACAACCAUGGAAGACUUGUCCACCGGCUCUGAGAGUGACUACGCCGACUCCUGGAUCUCCUGGUUUUUGUCCUCCAAGGGCAAUGAAUACUUCUGUGAAGUAGACGAAGACUAUAUCCUUGAUCGUUUCAACCUCACAGGCUUGAACGCCGAAGUGGUGCAGGAAUAUCCCCGAGCAUUGAGUCUCAUCACGGACAACCUUGAUGAGACAGGUCUGGAUGAAGAGACCCGAGAGUCGAUCGAGACAUCCGCCAGAUUUUUGUACGGUCUCAUCCAUGCGCGCUUCAUUGUCACCACAAGAGGUUUGGCCAAGAUGCUCGAGAAAUAUCGAAGAUCCGACUUUGGCCGCUGUCCCCGCGUCUACUGUUACUCCCAACCCCUCCUCCCCGUCGGUCUCUCCGACAUUCCCUAUCUCAAAGCGGUCAAGCUUUACUGCCCUCGUUGUGAAGACAUCUACUCGCCAAAGUCCAAUAGGCAUGGAUCCAUUGAUGGCUCUUAUUUCGGCACGACCUUCCCCCACAUGUUGUUCAUGGUGUACCCUCAAAUGAUCCCCGGAAAGGGCCAGCCGCUUGGCUCAAGUGCCGCGGAUGUGAACAGGAGCAUGCUUUCCUCAGUUCAGAGUAGGGAGGGGGGCAGCAGUGUCAAUACGGUGGCCGUUGCUCUCAAGGCGGAAAGAUAUGAGCCAAGAAUCUUCGGUUUCAAGGUCAACGAGGAUGCCAAGUUGGCCAGAUGGAGAACAGCCAGAAGGGAUGGGUGAGUCGAUUCCAUCAACGCGGCGAUGACCGAAAAACCUAACUGCUGUGGCCAGUCAGAUCGCCAGAUUAGAGGCUCAUGAACAAGAGCAAGAGCACGAUAAGGAAAAGAAGGCAUCUGUUUGAGCAUCCUUGACGUGUAGUCGUCUUGACCGGCCAGAUAUAUCGACAUUGGGUCCUCCCUUCUGCAGACCCCACUCAUGGUAUAUCUUUCAGUGUCAUGACAGAGAGCCAGUAUAUACACGCGCUGAUUUCAUGUGUGAUGUACAAAUUCACUUCCUGU